CACGGCGGGGCCGGUAGCCCGGCGUCGGGGCGGCAUGCCGAGGGCGGCAGGGCGGUAGUGGCGGCGCCGAGUCUGUACCGGGGCGGUGGGAGCGGCGAUGCGGCUGCUCGGCGCCUUCCUGCGGUUGCUGGUGGCCGGGACGCUGGGGGCACCGCCCGCCCCGGCUCCGGAGGAACGGGGGACCGCCAGCACGGAGUCUCCCGUCCUUACCUUUCGGGAGAUCUGGAAUCGUAGUUUCUGCCGGCCUCUGGAGCAGCUGGUGGACGUCAUUACCGAAUUCCCCAACGAGGUGGAGUACAUUUUCAGACCCUCCUGCGUCUCCCUGCAGCGCUGUGGAGGCUGUUGUGGGGACGAGGGUCUCCGCUGCGUCCCCGUGGAGACAAACACGGUCACCAUGCAGCUCCUGAAGAUAAAGCCAAACGGGGAGGCACCUUAUGUGGAGAUGGCGUUCACCGAGCACAAGCAGUGCGAGUGCAGGCCCCGGCAGGACCUGAUGAGGUUGGGAAGGAGGAGGUCCAAGGGCCGGGGUAAGAGAAGACAAGACAAGAAAGGACGGAAAGACUGUGAACUGUAAGUGAGCAGGGGCAGAUGUGGCACACCACGCAGGUAGCCUCUGCCUUGCCCCAGCCUCGCUCCCAGCACCUGGUUUGAGCCAGCUGCCUUUGUCCCCAGCACGGGGCACUUGUGGAGUCAUGUCCCUCCAAGCUGCAGCGGGGAGCAUCACUCCAGCAUGGAAGAGCUGACUGUUACUCUUGCUUGGCCCUGGUGGGAACACAGCCUGGCACCAAGGACUCCCUUGCCCCAUCUGCCCCUCUGGCAACAAGAAAAAAGGACUUGUGACCAAGCCUGGGGCUGAAGAUGAGGAGCUCAAGCAGUGUGCUGCUGUUUGAGGACAUUCUAGGGGCAAUGAGGAGCCAAGCUGGUGCAUGUGCUGCUGGAACUGGCUGGGGAGGACAGCAUGAUGUGGCAGUGAGUGUAGAGGGCUCACCGGGCUGCACCUGCAAAACUUCUCUGUCCUGCCAGUGCUCUGCAGCUGGGGAGGAAGGAAAUCUGGGGCAGGCAAGGCUGUAGGGCUGCAUCCGUCCCAGUCUUGGCACGGGGCAGCCCGGGCAGGUGCCAGGGAUCUUGCCUGGGAAGCUGUUCUGCUUGGGAACAGAAGGGAACUGGGCUCCUCAUGUAUUCACAGCUGCAUCUCAGCUUUGUCCUGCUCAAUAAAAGCUGGUCAGACAUGGGAGCUGGCAGCUCCUGUCUGCUUUCCAACAAGGCAGGGAACUUCCCCAUGGACACUCACUCAGGCUGGAGUAGGGCAGUGACCCAGGGUUUGACCCCAUCACCAAUCCUGCAGCACCAAGGGACUGUCCUUGGUGUGAUGCUGGAAACAGGCAACCAGCAGGUUGCUCCCUGGUCUGGGAGCUAUCCACGUGCUGGAGUUCAGCUGGGUACUGGGAGACUCUUAGGUGAGCUGCCCUUCCCCUCCACACCAGUGUGGGACUGGCACCUCUCCCUAUUCACCGUGCCCAUCUUGUUCUCACCCCUGUCCAAGUGUCUGGCUCAGUGUCCUGUCCUCCCUGGAAGUGCUGGUGCAAAGUUUAGGGCACUGGGGCGCAGGCUGCCCACUCAGGAAACACCCCACCAAGGGUCAUUUACCUGACAUGGGGACAGGCUGGCCUAGGGCCCCCUUUCCUUUACUUAGGGUGUGAGGAGCUGGUGGCCCCCAUCGAGGUGGCUGUGGGGACUGCUGUUCCCUGCUUUCCCCACUUAAGCAGUUCUCCUGAGGCUCUCUCUGUGUCCAUUUCCAGCCCUGCUGCAGUGGGUCUGGGGCUGUCUGCCAAAUGCAUGCCAUGCUGGUCUGUGCAAGCCAUAUCCUGGAGCAGUGCAUAUAGCUGGAAACCCUAGGAGUGAGAUGGCACUUAUACAUUUGUGGGGCACUCCUGGCACUGGAUUAAAAAAAAUCAAGAGUCAUUCUUGAAAGUUUCAAACAAAAGAUUGGAGGGCAAGAUCUGCAAGGGUUUCAAGGUUACCCUUAAAUGAUGGAAGCUGUGGUUUAUCCUGCUCUGAGGAACAAGGGUGGAGCCUAACACAGCAAGAACUGGGAUCCAAGGUGGCUCCUUCCCACAUCUGGCAGGGCUGCUCUCCAAGCCAUAAUGCUGGUGUUGCCUGAGGCUGGCACAAGGACAUGGGGACAGAGCAGAUCCCUGCCAGGGAAACCUGGAGGUGGGUGUUGAGGUAAUGUGAACCUGCAUACUGCCACCGUCUAGCAGGGAUGGACUGUGUGAGUUGUAAUUGUGCAGCUGGGCAUAUCGUUCAGGAGCUUGCUGGAUCCCUUUUGGAUCCCAUUUCCAGGCAUCCACAGUAUCCUGGAGCACAACCUACAUGGCCUUUGCCUCAAAAAUAGCCCAUGAAGUUCCUCCUUCACUACCUCACAGAUGAGGGGAACUCGCUGCUCCCCUUCCCAUAUCACUCAAAGUCUGUGUGGACCAUGUGCUGGCCUGGUCCAUACAGGCUUUCCCUAUCACUGUGUGUCAUUUCUGCCUGUCUGGUUUUGCUCUGAGGCCAAGGAGAACCAAGUGCAGCACUUGGGGAUGUAUGUGAUGGUUUCUGUAUUGUCUUUAAUACCCUGGUAGUAUUACAUGUUUUAAAAAGUACAUAAAUCAAGUAUGUUAAUUAAUAAAAAUAAGUUUAUCAAGA